UUGACCAAAGUGGUGGAUCGUCGCUGGUGCAAGCAGAAUAAGCACAUAUUCCCCGCGAGGGUAUGGACGGAAUUCUAUCCUGGUACGGAUUACUCCAACACGGUAUGGCGGGAUGUGCGUAGGAAUAGCUUCUUG